AUGAAGUACACGCUGACGAUUUAUGAGCAGCGGAAGAUGCUGUUCUUGGCGGUGGCGCACGCGAUGGCGACGAUGGUGGUGUGGUCGCACUUUUUCUUGGUCAAGUAUCGCGCGACGGCGAAGGUGCCGCGCGGGGCGAAUUUGUAUUGGUGGAAGCGACUGACGCCGCCGUUUGAGUUCGGGGCGAUGCACGCGAUUUUGUUUCAGAUGGCGCUGCUGCCGCUGACGAUGGCGCGACAGAGCGUGGCGGCGCUGUCGACGACGUCUUUCGGAAGGAAGUUUGUCCCGCUGCACAAAGUCGUGGCGAUGCACAUUCACCUCGGGUACGUCAUGGUUUCUUUCGUGUUCGCGUCGACUAUUUUGUUCUUCGUGUUCUUCGGACAAGGUUGCGCGCAGCAAAAGUCGGGUAAAGAGCCGACGCCGGGCGGGCAGCACACGUUUUGUCACAAGAUGACGAGCGAAAUCAUGGCCACCGGGUUGGCGAUUAUGGGAUGCUUGCUGCUCGUCGCGGUGACGUCGUACGCGAGAAAUCGAAUCAAGUACGAGAUCUUUUACUACGUUCACCACUUCGUAUUCAUCAUGUUUGCGCUCGCAAUCGCGCACACGCUGGAUGAUAAGGCCCGACGCGGACAGGUGCGCUCGCAAAACUUUAAGUGGUUCUCCGCAUCGCUCGUAUGGUACUUGACGGACCGAUUGCAAGCGUCGUUCAACAUACGAGAUUGUGACGUCGUGGAGUGCGUCGCGCUCGGUGACGACGAGCCGGAGUCACGUAAAGUGGUGCACUUGCGCAUUGUGCGCCCGGAGACGUUCAUUUUUCGUCCAGGUCAAUAUGUCUUUAUCAACGAUCGCAACAUCGAUUACACGUGGCAUCCGUACUCGAUUGCGUCGUCACCGCACGAGGAUACGAUUGACUUUUACAUCGAAGUCAUGUCGACGAGCAGAGUCGAUGGCGCAAAUAGCUGGACGAAUAAGCUCUGGCGCGACGCCCGGGAUGGGUUUGUAUCCAAAAUGCGCAUUAAUGGACCGUAUGGCACCGGAUUUAACGACAUCGACGACAAGACGGAAAUCGUGGCCAUCGGCGCCGGGACGGGCAUCGUUCCGAUGCUUUCCUUGGCGAAAGCCAAGGUGAACGAGUUCGUACGAAUGAAUGCUCAAGCGCGGUUGUCUGACUUGGCCGCCAGAGACGCCAAAAAUCGCAAGUUCGCGGACAAUUAUUUCAAAGAGUCUUACACGCUGAAGGACUUCGUCUAUAAACAGCUCGGCCUCGCGAAGAAGGAAUCGAAGGCCAGCGAAAUGUGGGCGAGUCGAAGCGUUCAAGACAUAUUUUUGCAUAAGCAGUGCGCUUGGCGCGAAGCGAAGUUGCGAGAAGAAGGUGAUAACGCCACGAAACGUCAUUACGAGAGACUUCUCACGAAGAAUGUCUUGCACGAAGUCGUGGACCUCACGCAAAUCGGGUUCCCGCUGCUCGACUUAACCUCCAUCGCGUUACUCCUUUCUUUCUCGAAAAACUUUGCAAUCGCCACGCAAGCCAUGCGAGAAGUCCCACUGUGGGCUUUCUUCGUAUGCCACUGCUAUUUCUUCGUUCACUGGGUGUUCACCAGAAUGAACGCCCCUAUUUGGUGGAUAGAUCUCAUCUUCAACGCCACGUCAACCGUGGCGUUCACCGCCUGGUACAACUUGAUUCGUGAAGAUCGUAAGGAAUGGAAUGUCUACAUGAUUUGGGCGUUCGCCGCACUCUCGGUGUACCGAAUCGCUCGAAUCUCCAGUGACGUUCUCUUAACAGGCACUCCUGGCUCGCGCGCCGUCAACGCGUAUCUCGAAAAAACGGGCGACGCGACGAGCGUGACUGAAAAGUUCACGCUCAUCUUCAUGACGCCGCAGGUUGACUUCUGCCAAAUCCUCUGGCGUGACUUGGACUCUCUUCAUCAAUCGAUUACAAAGAAUUAUGGCGAGCAAGCUUCGCGUGUUUUCGACAUUCAAGUCUAUUGCACGUCGAGAGACUCGGCGGAAAACGAAGAAUUGAAGAAGCGCGUCAAGGGCACUUCGCUCGGCGCCGCCGGCGCGCUUCAUAUGGAGCGCCCUGACUUGGACGAGAUCACGUCUCGCCCCGUUCUUCAACAAGUGCUAAAGGAUCAAUUUACCGGAGAGGACAGACCAUCGUUCACGGCCAGCCUCGUCGCCUUUUGCGGCAGCACGCAGCUCGGUUCAAAAAUUGCGCUCGCCGUCGUUCGCUCGAGAGCUCGCGUGAAAGCCUUCACCGAAAAUCACUCCAUCGAGUUUCUUCAAGAAAACUACGGCCAAGCGACGCCCGCGAAAGAUCGCGGUCGCGCCUCUUUCAAACAGGUCAGAGUCGAGCCUGCACCAACUGUAUCCGGCGUCGUCGGCAACAUCGUAAACGUCGGCCGCGCCGCGGCCAACGUCGCCGCCGUCGCGCUCAAGACCGUCGGACCGAAGACGACGAAAACGUCCAAUUGAACGGCCACCGCGCCGUGAUCCCAAACGUCAUUGUAAAUUAAUCAUCUUGUAAUUUUGC